AUGGAAUCAAAUUCUUUUGGAAAUCCUACCAAAGUUCGCCGAAAUGAUGAAUUAUAUAUCAGUGCCUAUAUUGAACCUUUCUGUAUGGAUUCAAUCGAAGUAGUUUCUCAGUGGACGAUCACCAAUUGUACUACAAACUGCUCUUCUUCAAUAUCACUAAAUCAUCCUAUUAUUACUACAUUCAGUGAAAUUCACAUUCCAGCAAAAAAGCUGGAAUAUGGUAUUUAUGAAGUAAAAUUGACGGUAUCGUCAGUCAACAUUCAUAUUGUGACUGCAUCAGCAGUAGAAUACAUUGAGAUCAUUCCGACUGGUAUUAUGGCUAAUCUUGUUUCGAAUGGAACAUCAAUGAUUACACACGAUCCCCAACAAUAUCUUACACUUGAUCCAGGCAGAUUCUCUGAGGAUCCCGAUGAAAAGGAAUUUAAUUCAACCAAAUGGAAUUAUACGUAUUACUGUCGAAUCCAUGGUGUGUCAGUGAUCGCUGGAUCAUCUGUGUUGAUGAACGAUAAUGAUGAGAUCAGUUCUCCCAACUGCUCGUGCUUCACGGAUCAAUUCAGUUCAACUGAAUCGAGAUCAUCAGUGACCAUUAUGGCUAAUUCACUAGUAGCCAAUCGAACAUAUCAGUUCAUGGUGAAUAUGACUCACCGUGCAAAUCCCUAUUUGCAAGUUAGCGGUUAUCUUCUUGUGAAAGUAGAAAAUGCUCGUUCUCAAAUGAUUGCAGUUGGAUGUGACCUCACGACAAUGUGUCCACGCAAGGGUGAAUUCCAAUACAUAAAUCUAAGUACACAACUAGCUCUCUUCUCAUCUCUGAUGAACCAAACAGGAUUGCUAAAUAAUAUUACAUGGAACAUCUAUCUUGGAAUGAUGAAUUCAUCAUCGGACACACAAAAAUGGAGUUUGUUCACAGAGAUGAAUGACUAUCGUGGCAUUUGGUUCUUUGGUGCAAAUAGAAGUCAUUUUACAGCUACUAACCAAUUGUUCCUAACAUAUCGUAACAUAAACUUUUGGCGUUUCGAAGUUGUGUAUAUGUCUAUGACGGAGAAAAGUUCGAGUGCACUUCACUUUGAAAUCAAUCAACCACCUAAAUCUGGGGUCUGUUCAAUUACUCCAUCGAACGGUACAAUAACAACUAAAUUUACCGUAAUAUGCAAAGACUGGACAGAUCAAGAUGGUAUCAAAGACUACUCAUUCUACGCCUGGACAACACAUGUUGAGCAACGUGUCAUACUUGGUUCCACAAUAAGUUCAGUAUUCGAACUUCGAUUGCCCGUCGGUUAUGGUAAUGCAUCAUUAGUGAAUGUGAUUGUUCAAAUUCGAGAUCAAUUCAAUUCUAUGACCGAGGCUAACUUACCAGCUGUGUCUGUGAUACCGACUAGAACUAGUAUUUAUUCGUUGAUUAAAGCCAUCAAAAUCUCUUCUACUAUGUCUAGUACGGAUCCAUUAGUAGAACUUCUCUCGAAAAACAAUUCGGUUCUCACUGGACAAGUGACUACUACAGUCUCACAAGUGUUGAACGAAAUGAAUACUGAAAUUAUCAGAUUAGGCAUUCAGAACAUUGCAAGCAUUUUUGUUUCACCAUUAGGAAGUCGAGAGAUACCUAUGUCACCGCAUUCAUGGAAUACAUCUACCUUCAAUCAGUACAUACAACAAUUGAACGAUGAUGCCAGUGUUCGUGAAUAUCUCAUGAAGAGUAUGAACGAUUUAACAACAACUACAUGGAACAACAUUCUUCUGCAAGCAUCAUCUAUCGCCCUUCUCACUCACGCAAUCAAUGAACUAACACGAGAUACCUCUAUGCUUGCAUCUAGCAAAUGUCGUGACAUGGCAUUUACUUUAAAAUCAAUGGCUAGGCUGGUAAGUUCUAAUGACGUGGAAAAUAUUGGUAAUCAUCUGAUCCAAUGUGCUACGAAUGUUCUAAGUGCUGUCAAUGCGCCUCUCCAGCAACGGGGGGCGAUACUUGAACUCGAUUUAAAUCGUUCAAGUGCCACCGCGAACGAUUAUGAUGAUGACAUGUACUUGAAUUUGAAUUUGAAUGGUAUUUUUAUGAAAGAGAAUGAACCAUCAUAUGAGAGAAAUUUCUAUCAUCAGAAACGAACGGCAAAUAUAAUAGCGAAGCAAGUGGCCGAAACCCUAGCAGCAAUCGCAGUUGCAUUCAACGUUCAUUUGACUGUCGGCCAGAAUACGACUGUAAAUACAACGUCAGUAUUCACUUCGUUAGAAAAAACACUCGUCUCUUCUCUAUCAAAUAAACGAAUCAGCCCACUUGGUAGUGCUCAGAUUCAUAUUCCAUUAAGUUCCAACCUAACGCAAAGUGAUACAGUAUCAGUGUGGUCGAUGAUACAACCACUUGCGGUAGCCAGUGUUACUCCAGGUCAAGUAAAUACCAGUCUGUCGACAAUGAUUUCACUUUCAAUACUCGAUUCUCACGGCAAGGAGAUCUCUAUUCAUACCGAUAAUGAACAGCCAAUUGAAUUCUUUAUUCCUCGAGAUCCUAACUUGAUAAUACCCUCUAUGGCUUUGUAUAAUGUCACAUUGAUACAUGACGCUAAGCAUCAGUUCUACUUUCAUUUGAUCAAUAUUACACAAUCAAAUGUAAACUUGACUGUUUCUCUUCACAUCGAAAUGCGUCCUCGUAAUAGAAGUCUAAACUAUUUGAUGAUCUUCAGAUUGGAUGGUCAACCUCAAUUGAACACUCUGAUUAACAACAUUGAUGAUUGGUCUCUAUUGUGCUCUUCAAACAUAUCUGAUGAUGGUAUCCAUAAAUACUUCAUAAAUAAUAAUCGUACUGCUAAACAUCGAUUUGUUAUUAUUGGUUUCCGUGAACUCAACACUACCGAAAUCUGUUCGAAUAAAUCAUCGACUCCACCCAUCACCGAUCAACCAUUCAACUUCUCGUCGGACUACGAACUUCGAACUUUUACUUCUGCAUGCUACUAUCUUGACUCAAAUAAUAAUUGGCAAUCUGAUGGAUUACUAGUAAGCAUGCUAUUUUCUUUAUCAUUAUCAACUUCAAUCUAUCGAAUGCAGGUUGGAUCAAUGACUGAUUAUUAUCAGACGCAAUGUUUUUCUACUCAUUUGUCCACUUUCGCUAGUGGUUACUCGCAUGCACCUAAUCCAGUGCUUCUCUUUAAUGAUCUGUUUGCCCACACUCAGAAUAGUUGUCCUUCUGUUUACCCGGGUGAAGAUAUCGUUAAUGGUAUGAAUUUGAGAAAAUCAAAGUAA